CAACAACAGCAACAACGACAGCCACAACAGCUAAAACAACAACAACAGGGACGCCAACAGCAUCAGAGCACAACCAGCCCACCUCAAGCUGGCUUCCCCAAUAUUGUUGCUCCAUCCUUUCUUCCUUCCAACAUUUCUCCCAUGACUCUGAACUCUUUCAUCGAUACAUCAGUCCCCCCACCACCCAUCGGUGUACCCAUUCCGGGUUUACAUUUCCCUGCAUCUGCAAAAUCUCCUCCUUUGACUUACCCGACCACCACAACACCCUUCCAUGCCCAGCCUCCUCGUCCUACAAAACCGAGCGUGCCUUCACCAACUAAGCCCAAGAUUUCUCCAGACCUUCAGCCUACGCACAGAUCCCAACCUAUGAAAUGGAAGCCUGAUGCAAACGGUGACCAUGGUUCAGCUUUCACCUCCAUUGAAGACUCACAGUGGGAUAACUUCGAGUUGGGAGGAGGUUACGCAUCCCCAAUUACUAUGGAUAUAGGACUUCAAGGUCAAUCACCCGUAUUUGUGCCAAAAGCAGCGAACCAACAUGUACAACCAUCCCAAGGAUCGAGCCAAAAUGAGCAGCACUUUCAGACAAAGAAGCCAUUUUUACAGACCAGAGAUGCUACACAAGGACCAAAGCAGUGGAUCAAUAAAGACAAAGCUAAAGGGCGUGGAAUACCAAAGAAAGACGUCAAAGGACCAUCAGCGAGCCAGUUCCCCAAACCACAACAAGGAUACAACGCCUUUCUCCAGGGAUACAGUACUGCUCCCAACGGAACCAGCUCCUCCUACCAGUGCCACGGAUCCACCAAACAGCAACAGGAUGCCAGCAAGGCGGCACUGUCCAAAGAACAGAAGAAAAACGAGUACGAGUGGCAGAGUUUCAAGAUCAUUCGUAAAGUCCGCAAGCUUCUGGGAGGUCUGAAAGAAGAUUCCGCAAGGGAGAAAGAGAUAGCUGCUGAGAUUGUCAGGAUCAUGAAAGCUGAGUCCAGUCGCCUUGCCUGCUUUCCUUGGCCCAAGGAGCAGUUUGUGGCUCUGGAUGAGAUCUUCGGCUGGGCCAUGGAUAACUCGGAUCUACUCGAUAAGGCUUGCAAGGUGAUCCAAGAACUUCACUGUUUGCACCCGCAGAACUUCCAAGAGGAUCUUUUGAAUGUGAUUAUGAAGAGACAAAGCCAGUAUAUCAAGGUCUCCACAGCAACGAAUAAAGACAAGUUGUACACCACUUUCUGUGGCCUCCUGACCCAACUCUUCAUCGUGUCUCGCUCCGCUACAAAUGGCCUGAACAACAUUACUGAUAAACUGUUGGAUAGUGUCGUCAACAAGUGGAUCAUGUGUGAUGUACAGGGGACUGCAGAUGAUCAUGCGCUCCUGACAGAAGUGUACGCAUCCUGCUUGAGGGCGCUCUUUGUUAACAUUGGUCCUCAACUAGCCAGCUCCAUGGACCAGCGAUAUAAUAAACAGCUGAGGGAUCAAGUGCUUGGUAGCAAGCCAAGAUUUGUGAAAGAGGCCAUGCUGAACUUGCUCUUAUUAAGAGCAGCAGACUGGCAGGAGGAGGUGUUCUCCAAGAAGAACACCUUCCCAGAGGAUCAGAAGGAGAUUCCCGACACGGCACAAAGAUGUUGGGCAGCAGGAGAGGGUACCGAAGUAUCGGAUGAAGUGAACCAGAAAGAAGCGCUGAAGGUGGCAUCAGUUACAACCACGAGUGAAAAUCUGUCAAAAACUGAUCACACUCGACCAAGUGCAGAGACGGCAUCCCCUACUGUAUCGUCCAUUACACCAAAGACGCAACCAGACAAUCUGCAGGCCACGACUGCAAUGUCUUCCCUCUCCUUACAUUCUAGCAACAGCAACAACUCUAAUUCCAUCCUCAACAGUGCUGAUUGUCAACAAAAUUUCAAAACUGGAAUUAAAAUUCAGACAUCACAGCCACAGCAGAGACCACAGUCAAUGCAAACAAACUCCUCAUCAGAUGCAAGUAAAUGCCUGCAUGUCGACAACGUCCAAUCAAAUGGUAUGCAAAACACUGAACCACUGUCAUCGAUGGACAUUUAUGGCCCGCCAUAUACAUCAGAAGAUGCAGCUUUCCGUACCAGCAAUGAUAUCCCUAAUGCAACAGCUAACAUACAAGAGAGGAAGCUCAGCAGCCCAUCACAUGUUGCAUGGACAGCUACUAAACCUAGGAGUUCCCCUGCCACGGGUAGAGGUAUGAUGAGAUUUGAGUAUAGCUCGACAUCCCCUCUAGCCUUCAUUCAGAGUGGGCCUCCUCAGGAUGCUGCCUUCAAAAGAUAUGACAGUGAGCGCCUUGAAAAGCAGACUACUACUAUAAAGCAACUGAGUAGUGAUUAUAGCACUGAGGUGGAUCAAGUUCCCACAAGCCGCCCAACACAAGAGUAUAAACUGUGGUCUUCUCCCAAGUCUAGCCAGGACUGUUGUGAGGAUAGACCCGACUGUAUGGAAUCUUCUACUGGUGCUGAUCGUAACACAACCGAGGAUUUGGGAAAACUUGGCAAGUGGUCGAACCAAGGAUACUCGCAGGACUCAGUUGAAGAAAUAAACGAUAAGUAUUUUGCCUCUCAGGAAGUUGACACUGAGCAAUUUGCGCCGGUAACUUCUGGUGAGUCAAAUGAUAAGGAAGAAACCAGUGGGGAUCGACAGACACUUUUGACGACUCAGGAAGCCGUGUCGAAGAAGGAUGAGGUAGAAGGAACUGCUUCUUUUGAUAGCAAUCUUGUUUGUCAAGACCCGCUUGCAUCAGCCUCAAACAUCCCUCCUGAGGAUUCCAACCAGAAGCUAGCUCCAAUGGUGUCUGAUGAGACAUCAGUGGGACUCAAUCAAUAUGAACAAAUCCAAUCCACCGCGGCACCUGGCAAGCCAGCCUCCCCACAGGUGGUUAACUGCUCCCUAUGUGGCAGUGACAGACAUCGCACUCGCCAGUGUGCUACCUUCAAAAAGUACGCCCCGCAUGUCAAGACAGAUGACUGUGCGCCAGAAGAGACCCCAGAAGAUGAUGUCCAGAAACCAACUGCAGAGAAAUUUGGAAGCUUCAUCUUCUGCAGCAAAUGUGGCCAGAAAGGUCACCUGGUAUACGACUGUGCGGUCAGAGGUUCCUUUAAUAUCUUCCAGCAACAAAACGGCACUAGUUUUAUUUAAAUUGAUAAUAUUCCUGUUCUUAUUAUGUGGCGUAUGCUGCACUCACUUCAUACAAUUGGGGUCCAACAAUGGAACUUAUGCAUUGACAUCAUCAUGCCACCAUCUUAGAGGUAACACGUAAUGAAACAGUGAAAAGCGCCUAUCUCUGUGUGCGGGGUUCAAAGGAUGGGUCAAUGAGCAACCUUUUGUUGGACCUUUGACUGAGGUCACCCUACUCAAAUGGCUUCAUAUGCCUUGGGUCUAUUUUCUAAGGAUCUUGCCUUUCCUAUUUACUUUAAAGGGUACUCAAGUCCUCUCACAAUUUAUUGGCUCUGUCAUUUAAAAAGAAUGACCUUGAAACGAGCAAUUUUGUGAACAGUUACACAGGUUUGUGCCAAAACCGGGCGUGUGUUACAGGAUAGAGAAGAGAUGGAUAUUGCAAGUUUGCAGUGUAACUUCAACUUAAAUAAAAGUGUUCCUUUUGAAUGUUUAUAUGUAAAUGGGUUUUUGAUUUUUUUCCUUGUUCCUUUUUUUUCUUUGGAGGAGGAGGGGGGGGGGGGCGGUAUGCAAAGUUCGUACAAAUUUAUUCAUUGUGCCACAUGUUGCAGUGGAGCCAAUUAUAUACACGAUGGUUACGAGCUAGCUUGGUGGUCUAGUGGUAAGACAUAUGCUCUAGCAAUGCAAAGGUUGUGGGUUUUAAUCCCACCAAAGUGAUUUGGGUGCGAUUUAAGAAAAUCGUCUUGUCCAUUUGCAUACAAUUGCAUUUAGUCCUGCAUAUGGACGUGUGCAAUUGGUUGUCUUUUGCAUGCUAAGGUUUGGGGUUUCUAUUAUAGUUCUUGAAUGUGCUUUGGUUCAGUAUGUUAUUUAUUUUUUUAGUAAUAAUUGUGCAAAGUUUAAGAAAGUUUAUUUUCUGAGAAAGACGCCUUUUAUUUACCAUACCCUAUCAAACACAUCAAUGUCCAAU